AUGGCCGCGCCCUCCAGCAAAGUCCCUCCUGAGAUGGAGGGCUUCGUGGUAGGCAUCAUUGGCAUGGGUGAGAUGGGGAAGAUGUAUGCUCAGAGGCUCAGCGACGCUGGCUGGAGACUGAUCCCGAUUGCGAACAGAAUCAACGGCUGCGAUAGAGAGGAGAAUUUUGAGAGUUUGAAGCAAGAGUUUGCCAGCAGGAAUAAUGUCCAAAUUUUCCGUAAUGGCCACUUCGUGUCCCGCGCAAGCGACUACAUCAUCUACAGCGUCGAGGCUGCCAAUAUUGAUCGUAUUGUGUCCUUGUAUGGCCCUUCUACCAAGAUGGGCGCAAUUGUAGGCGGUCAAACGUCGUGCAAGAAGCCCGAGAUCGACGCUUUCGAGAGAUACCUGCCGGCCGAUGUCGACAUUGUGUCGUGCCAUUCUUUGCACGGUCCCGGUGUGGAUCCCAGGGACCAGCCUCUGGUAUUGAUCAAGCAUCGAGCAUCUGAUGCUUCCUUUCGUAAAGUGGAGACGGCCCUGAGUUGCCUCAAUAGUCGUUAUGUUUACCUCACCGCACACGAACACGACCACAUCACGGCCGAUACCCAGGCCGUGACCCAUGCUGCCUUUCUCUCAAUGGGUAAAGCCUGGAACAGCAUGCAGGAGUAUCCGUGGGAGACAGCACGCUACAUCGGCGGCAUCGAAAAUGUCAAGAUCAACCUGAUGUUGCGCAUAUACAACCAGAAAUGGCAUGUCUAUGCGGGUCUUGCAAUCCUCAACCCAGAGGCUAGAGUGCAAAUCGAACAGUAUGCCAAGAGCACCACCGAGCUGUACAAGCUGAUGCUCGGAGGCCAUGCUGAGGAGCUCAGAGCACGCGUCUAUGCUGCCAAAGAGCGAGUCUUCGGCGGCGGCGCAGGUGGCAAAUAUCGGUGGAAGGACGAGCCGCUCCUUGAUGAUGAGGUCCUGGACCAAUUCAGCCUCGGUAAGAAGCCUGAGCUGCUACUCCCCAACAACCAUCUCUCUCUCCUCGCCAUGGUUGACUGUUGGUCUGCGCUUGGCAUCGUGCCCUACGAUCACAUGAUAUGCUCGACGCCCCUCUUCCGGCUGUGGCUGGGUGUCACCGAGUCCAUCUUCCGCAACUCAGAGAGGCUUGAUGAGGCUUUGCGAGUAGCCAUCGAGGAUAAUACCUUCCGCAGCGAUGAUCUCGAGUUUACGUUCGCAGCCAGGGGCUGGGCUGAGUGUGUGAGCUUAGGGCACUUUGAGACGUGGAAAGAGAGGUUCUUGGUCACCCAGCGAUUCUUUGAGCCAAGGUUUGCGGGUGCUAUCGAGGUGGGUAACGAGAUGUUGAAGGUACUGGCGAGGAGGCGCAAGGGAAGCGUCACCUCUUCGCCUCAGGCAAAAUGA